CCUCCUAGCUCCCUGUACUUCCAGACGGCUUCAAGGACAUGGUAAACAUCAUCAUAGGAAAUCCUUUGUAGACCAUCUUAGGAAGAUGCUGAAAGCAAAGCGCAGAGAAAUAGUAUUACUAAGGCCUGAAUACAGACAUCAGAAAGGAAACCUAGUGAUUGUUACUGGCGGAUAUUUCCGAGGAGAUUUUGUAUGGUACAGUAUAGACUGGGUUCUCAUUUAUGAUUCUUCUGAUAACUGUUGGAGAGAUGGACCACCUAUGAAGAUCUCUCGAAACUGCCACUGUGCAGUGGGAAUAGGACUGCACCUCUAUGUCAUUGGUGGGAGCACAGAUGAAGGCGUUGUUGCAGAUGUAGAGCGUUUGAAUCUAGCAGAGAUGACAUGGGAGAGCCGGAAACCUCUCAUUAGACCCGUUGAAAGAGCAGCAGCUGUCAGUGUCGAUAGCAGGCUGUAUGUUAUAUGUGGCCGUGAUGAGAAUGGUGAUGUCUAUAGUGGGAUACAGAUGCUGAACACAAAGACAGAUGUGUGGAAUGUCAUCACCUACUCUCCUAUGCCCAGGCUGGCUGGAAGCCUUGCCAGUAGCAAACACAAAUGCAAAGAACACAGCAUAGAAGCUGAUCCAGAUUCAGUAGAAGGAACACACACUCUGCAACCAGGAGAUCUGGUGGUGAUAAAAAGACAUGUGAGAAAAGGCCUGGAUCCCAGAUUUGACGGUCCUUUUCAAGUCCUGUUGACUACUCAUACAGCAGUAAAGGUUGAAGGAAAGCCUAACUGGAUACACGCUUCUCACUGCAAGAAAAUUCUGAUGCCCAAGGAUGAGGAUCCUCCUGCUGAUGGCCGCCCUAAUCCUGGGAACAGCGACACUGUACCAACAACUGAAGGAUGA